ACACCAGCAGCAGGACGAGUCUUUAUUCUAGAGAGACUUAUAGUGUCUCUGUGUCGAGGACAAAGACAGACAACAUGAUGCUGAGGACGUGUGUCCUGUUCGCAGUCUGUGUCUCAGCUGCUUGUCGUGUUGACGGAGACACUUUAUGGAGAGAAGAAGAAGAAGAAGGACAUGUCCAUCAGGACAUUUUAGGAACAGAUUUUCUCCGACGUCCACUGCAUCCUCCAUUUGUCUGUCCUGAUAUGAGUCCAUCUCCCACCGUCCCCACCUCAGUUGAACGUGUCAAAGCUGCAGACAUCAGAGUCAUCGCUGCUCUGGGAGACUCUCUGACUACGGCCAUCGGCGCCAAUGGGUCAUCCAUUUUGGCCACACCGUUUGAAUUUCGUCACGUGUCCUGGAGCAUUGGAGGAUAUGGAACGUAUCAAAACGUCAUCACACUGGCGAAUAUCUUUAAACUCUUCAAUCCCAAACUGCUGGGUCCGUCACCUGUGUGGACCUUCCACGGCCAGCCAACCACCAUCAACCAGACCGGAUUCAACUUCGCCGUCACUGGCCACAACACACUGAAUGUCUCAGAUCAGAUCAGACACAUGAUCGACACCUUCAGGUCGUACCCGGGUCUGAACUAUGACGAGGACUGGAAGGUGGUGACAAUGCUCAUCGGCAUGAAUGACAUCUGUGACUACUGCAAAGACAAAACUCUCUUCUCUCCGGACCGUUUCAUUCAUCACAUGACAGCAGCUCUGAACAUGAUGAUGGACCAGAUCCCCAGGACCAUCGUCAACGUGGUGCAGAUUCUUCCCAUGAAGCCUCUCAGAGAAGUUCAGAGACCCACUCUGGGCUGUCAGCUGCAAAGGAGAUUUUGCUCGUGUCUGGUUAAACCUGAAGAAAACUCCACUGAGUUGACGGAGCUGCUGCAGGUGAACCUCCAGUUCCAGAGCAGAUUAACGAAGCUUCUGAGCGGAGAUCGUUUCUUCAAAAAGGACUUUGCUGUUGUUCUUCAGCCUUAUUUAGAGACGGCCGGUCCUCCCAGACUUCCUAUGGUGCGACACAGACACAGAAAGUUUUACCCAGUGAUUAGAAGCUGUGUUCAAACACUGCUGAAGACAUCUGACCUGACUCAGCCUGAAGGGGGCGCUGACGGGUCGAUGGACCUGAGCUUCUUCACAGCAGAUUGUUUCCACUUCACAGUGAGGGGCCACGAGGAGCUGGCUAAGGGACUGUGGAACAACAUGUUUCAGCCUGACGGAGCCAAAGAGAAGAUCAAGACAUUUUCAGAGCCGGUAAAACUCAUCUGUCCAUCAAAGGAACAUCCCUUCAUCUACACCAGAGCCCGAGUCGAGUCAUCUGCUCCGACACUGGGACAUUUGUCCGUGAUGUGGACGUCUCUGCUCUCAGUGUUGGUUCUGUUUGAUAAUCAUCUGUAGUCUGAGCCCUGUGAGCCGACGAUUCGAUUCCCACUGACUCUAUAAACACUCAGAGAACUCUACAGGUGUUAGUUAGACCACAGAGUUCUGCUUGACUCAGAAUCAUUAAGUGGAUCAGUUUACUCGUCAUGAUUUAAGGGGAUGGUGUCCUGGUGAGUCCAUCCUGUGUGUGCUGCACCUCACAGAACACCAGUUAUAUUCAUAACCUCCUGAUUUUAUUUUAUCAGUACUUUGAAUAAUAUAUAUUUUAUUAAUAUGAAUCAUCUCCUGUGAUCAGAUAUAACUGACAAUGAUUCUGACAUCUGAUGAAAAUGUUUAAAAAGAAUUCAA